AUGACUGCUGCAAUCAUCAUCGCCAACAACGACGAUGACAACCGUAUUUUCCCUUGUACCGUCUUAGACUGUGACAAGGCCUACCGGCGGAACGAACAUCUCAUCCGUCAUCUUCGAUCACACAGACUCCAGAAACCAUUCAUCUGUCCCAAGUGCCGCAGAAGCUACGGUCGACAGGAUGUUCUCAAACGACACAUUGCUCAGCAGCACCCGCUAGUCGCGCGCCCCCGCGACUAUGGACGGCACCAGCGUCGAGCCCUCUCCGCCUGCGACCGUUGCCACGCCCGCAAGGCCCGAUGCACGGGCAAGUCCCCAUGUCAGCCGUGUCUAGAGUCCAACAACACCUGCCAAUACUCUCGAGUCGCGUGCUCUAGCAAGGACCGAACCGAGUCAAAUACACCGUCAGCAACUACAACAGAUCCAUCUAUAGAAUCCGACAGUCCAAGACUCGCCUCGCAGACUCCUCUGCCCGGCCUCAGCCCUCGGUCUGUGCAACUUGACUACGAUGCAUUCUCGGAUGCUAAUAGUCUUAGCUCUGGGACUGAACACGAUGGCCAUCUUUCUACGGCAAUGCCAUACUCCCCAUUGAAUGGCCCCGAGAAGAUGCCACUCAUAACCCCAUAUGUCCCCAACGAUAAGCUGCGGAAUCUACACGACUGCGAGCCAUCGAACAUUGACGACGAAGAACCCGCUCAAACUGACCAAACGCUAACCUCUGUAGGUGCCGACACCCAGCGCAGCGACAUAGAUCCUUGGCUGCCAAUUUGGUCUCCUGAUUCGUAUAGUAUCAUUCAGAUAACAGCGAACUCCAACGACCCCUAUUCAGGGGCCUCGACAACAUCCGACGUAUCUAGGAAUACCGAAACAACCAUGAUAUCUACUGAUGAUACCACUGUUUAUACUGGAGACCUCUUCGGAUUUGCAGAUAGCAGCACAUUUCCGAACUGCGACAUCUUCAACAUCCAGGCUGAUAUGCAAAGCCAAGGGAUCAGUCUUGAUCCUCCUUUACGCAGACACACCAAUGCUGCCCAAGAUUCCUGGGUUCAUGCUCCGUCCGCCCUCUCUACCUCCGCACAUCCCAUGUCGGGCGCAAAUACAGAUGACGCCGCUUUACAUCCAGUUUAUGGACCUGCAUCGACCGUGGCGCCCAUCUCCUGCCAAAACGAGCAUCCCGAUGUUGACACGAGUGUGGCUACUGUGCCUGCAUUUCCGCCAGACAGUCAGACCCGUCAGCAGUGCAUCAACACGUACUUUUCCAGGUUCCACCGUUUAUGGCCGACGGUACACAGGAGCACAUUCACCACCGAGUCGAAGAACCAGGACCUUGUCGACAGCGUGAUCAUGAUAGGGGCUUGGCUCUCAGGUAUUGGCACGUGGAUGGAAACGGCGCUCCGUCUUCAUAAGUCGAUUAUGGACAGGCUUGCUGCGAAGUUAGCAUACCUAGCUUUUAGACUGGACAUUUGCUUUUAUUUCUUGCGUGGAUUCCGUCCCACCCUACGAUACGAUGAGCUCUACCUGACGCUGCCGUGCUCCGAAAGCCUCUGGGAGGCGCAGACACUGGAAGAAUGGCACCGGGUCAAACGCAUCGAAUCGAAGAAGCGGAGCGCAAUAUACUUUGUGAACCUGGUGGACCAAGCCAUGGACCAAGAGGGGCGAGCAAAGUUGCCUCCGCUCCUAGAAGACGAGUAUUUGUACGGGCUCUGUGCCAUGCAAGCCUGGCUAUGGGAGGAUGUUCAUAGGCACAGGUCUCGGACAGAGACAAGGCAUGCCAUACCAGCGGCAGGAAACUUCUACCCGGCCUACUUCUCCCGGAGCAUUGACUAUUGGGCGACACAACUAGCGACCUGGAGGGAGUGUUAUAGAGAUCGAGCCCUCGGAUGCACGCUUUCGUCCAAAAGCCACAGGGAAACAUGCGACAUCAGCGCCGUGCCGCUCUUUCACCUAUCCCAGAUUGUUCUCAGGGCCAAUUUACAAGCCAUCAAACAGCUGUCCUCCGAGCAUGGGCAUCGAUCCUACUCGGGGACUUUCAUGAGACAGCUGGAAGCGAGCACACUGGGGUGGGUGAAGACGUCUGAUGCGCGGCUGGCGAUGUGGCAUGCCGCCAAGGUCCUGAAGCUCGUGCAGGAAAAGACCGGAGGCGAGGCAGACGGAAGCGACGACGCCCACGCCGCACCUCGCCUGGAACUCAUCGCCUCGAUCGCGCUGUACGAGGCCGGGCUGGUCGUCUGGGCUUACACACGUUCGGUCCAGGUCUGCGAUGCCUGUGUCAUAGGCUCGAGCCUGCAGGUGGCCAGCUCCGACCCGGACCCCUUUGAGCUGUUCGGCACGGAACAGGAUCAGCCUUUCCUGGAGUGGCUGGAGCACGGUGGGCGGGAGUCGCUUGAAGGGACCAUUGUGUGCGCUUGCAGGCUGCGGAGCGUGGUGGGAGCAUAUGAGGCGGCCCUGUUGCGAUGCGGCUCCCAGUGGCGCUGUGUCUUGCAGAUGGCGAACUCGCUGUCACGGCUCAAGCAGGGCGGCUAG